CUUCUUUUUAUUUUCCCCCUCAGAAUUUUUUGCCAGCCUUUGGGAAGGUGACGUCGCGGACAACAGCUGUCACUCCGCAGCUUGAACGAAAAAUGGAUCACGGGGACUUCAUUCACUUAAAUGUUUUAGAAAAGAAAAUCCAUAACAACUCUGAGGUUUCAGUUCAUUAUUUAUGUUCUCAGCCUUGCAUUGUCAACUUGGAAGCAGUAGCUUCCUCGGAGUUCAGGACUGGUGUGUCCGUGUACAGAAGGAGAUGGAAGGACGAGAAGAGCCUUUAUGUUAGCAGAACGCGACAAGUGCAUUUGAAAUUCCCAAGCAUCAUGGUUUACAGAGACGAUUAUAUCAUCAGAAACUCAAUCAUCGUGCACAGCGUGAUACUCUACGCGUGGAUUAGCCACGCGUCGGGUAGCAGCUAUGAUGUCAAGCAGAACGGGAGCUAUCAGCGGGCAGUCGCCAGGAAUUACACCUUUUUAGAAGCAGUUCCACCUUUUAAACGUCCAUAUAAAGACCACAAAGUUUGUCUUCAGUGGGGCAUUGACUAUCUGUGGACACUCCAGGCAAACAGGAUACCUCAGUGCCCCCAUGAAAGCGAUGGAGUCCAGAUUCUUAACUUCAUAUAUGCAUCCAGUGGGGAGAAAACAGGAAUUGUGAAGCAAUUUGAACAAUUUGAAAACAGAGAACUUGAGACAGUCAGGCAACAUCAGAUUGAUUAUCCAAUGUUCACCGUUUCAAUCUGGCUCUAUUUAGUGCAUUACUGUGAAAUGGAUUUGUGUGGUAUACUCUAUUUUAUUGAUCCAAAAGAAAUGUAUAGUACUCCUGCUGUAUUUCUAAAUGAAGAAGGUUACGUCCAUAUUCAGAUGCACCUCGUUAGAGGAGAUGAUCUCGCAGUGAAAACCAGCUUCAGCCUUCCUCUGAGGCAGUGGUUUCGACUGGAUCUCUCCUUUAAGGGUGGACAGAUAGAAGUAAGCAGUGUUGGGAAGAAUUUGAAGAGACAUCAUCAUCAGUCUUUUAUUUUUAGGGAAGAUUUCUAUUAUGAUGACACGGAUGGAUAUUUUGUUCUUGGAGGCAGUGGGUAUGCAAAUGGUAUUGAAGCAUUCUUUGGUCCUGUGAAAUACUAUCGCCUGAGUGUGCUGGACACAGAACAGAUUUCUAACCCCCUUUAUGACGAAGAAAUAAUGGAACAAAUUGAGAUCUACUAUGAGCGAUGUAUGGAUGUUCAGGAAAUAGUGUCUGAGUACAGAGACAUUGUGAGUGAAGGCCAGGCUGUGCAACAAGACUGUGUCUAUGAAAACUAUUAUUCAGAGCUAAUUGACAAAUAUGGAGAGAAGUCCAAAUGCGAUGCCUUCAUGUGGGGAAAAGAACUCAGGGAAAAAUACCAUCUUUUGUUCAAACUCUUGAAAGAAAUGGAUUUCAGCUCACCAGAUGUGCUAGAAGAUGAAAAUGAUGCAGUUCUAGAAGUUGGCUGGCGGAUAUUUGAGAAGGCUGCAAAGGGUCUCUCCAGCACAGAUGGCUUAAGCAAUACAGGCUCCUUUAUCCCUCUCUUGCUGGAUUCCAGUUGCUGUGGAUACCACAAGGCUUCCUAUUUCCUUGCAGUUAUAUUUGAAACAGGCCUAGGUGUGCCUGUGGAUCGUUCCAAGGGUCUGUUGUAUAGUUUGGUUGGUGCUCAGGGAGAUGAGAGACUUUCAGUGAUGAAUCUUGGCUACAAACACUACCAAGGCAUUAAUAACUAUCCACUCGACCUGGAGCUCUCGUAUGCUUAUUACAGUAACAUUGCAAUCAAGACGUCCUUGGAUCAACACGCAAUAACAGGGGAACAGGCAUUUGUUGAAACUGUGAGGCUGAUGGAUGAUGAACUGCUGAAAGCUCAAACAAAAGAAAAUGGUGAUGUCUUCAUGUGGCUAAAACAUGAAGCAACAAGAGGAAAUGCAGCUGCACAGCAACGAUUGGCUCAGAUGCUGUUUUGGGGCCAGCAGGGUGUUGCAAAAAAUCCUGAAGCAGCAAUAGAAUGGUAUGAAAAGGGUGCAAUAGAAACAGAAGAUCCAGUCUUAAUAUAUGAUUAUGCUAUUGUGUUAUUUAAGGGUCAAGGUGUGAAAAAGAACAUAAAACUUGCUUUAGAAUUGAUGAAGAAAGCAGCAGCCAAGGGCUUGCCCCAGGCAGUGAAUGGAUUGGGCUGGUAUUACCACAAUUUUAAAAGGGACUACAGAAAUGCAGCUAAACACUGGUUAAUGGCUGAAGAACUGGGAAAUCCAGAUGCAUCGUACAACCUCGGUGUCCUUUAUUUAGAUGGGAUUUUUCCUGGAAAGCCUGGUAGAAAUCAAACAGUAGCUGCACAAUAUUUCUAUAAAGCUGCUCAAGGGGGACAUAUAGAAGGGACUUUACGAUGCUCUCAGUACUACAUCACAGGAAAUAUGGAAGACUUCCCAAGAGAUCCAGAAAAAGCUGUAAUCUGGGCAAAACAUGUUGCAGAGAAGAAUGGCUACUUAGGUCAUGUCAUCAGAAAAGCUCUUAAUGCUUACCUGGAACUUUCAUGGCAUGAAGCUCUCCUGCAUUAUAUUUUAGCAGCUGAAACUGGGAUUGAAGUGUCACAGUCAAAUUUAGCACACAUCUGUGAAGAAAGACCAGAUCUGGCAAAGAAAUACCUAGCAACAGAUUGUGUUUGGAGAUACUAUAAUUUCUCCGUUUCUCAAAUCAAUGCGCCCUCAUUUGCUUAUUUGAAAAUGGGAGAUUUCUACUACUACGGUUACCAGAACCAGUCUAAAGACCUGGAGCUCUCCGUGCGGAUGUACGCGCAGGCUGCCUUAGAGGGAGACUCACAGGGAUUCUUUAACUUGGCCCUUCUCAUCGAAGAGGGUAAUUCCAUCCCUUCCUACAUUCUGGAUCACCUGGAAAUUGAUCAAACUGUGCAUUCUAGCAAUACUUCCCUUCUUCAGGAACUCUACUACAGAUGCUGGAAUUAUAGUAACCAAGAAUCAAUUAGUCCAUGCUCCUUAGCAUUGCUUUAUUUUUAUGUAAGAGUUUUUUGGAACAAUAUUUUGCAAUCUACUCUGAUAUACUUCAUGGGAACCUUUCUCUUAUCAAUUCUGGUUGCAUUUACAAUGCAGUAUUUUCAGUCUCUUUCUGCCAAUAAUUCUCUUGGAAGAAGACCUGAACCAUCUUUAGAUGAGCCCUCUUCAACGGGGAGUAAUGAGGAUGCUACCAGAACGGAACAACAAGAAGAAUCUGCUUUUACAAAUGGUCCUGCACAGCAGGAGUUAAACCCUCAGAAUCAGCUUGUUACCAGCUGAGGGGUAAUAUUUGUUUUUCCAAGGCUGGUAUCGCAUCAUGAAAAUGGGAUGUGAACAGUUACAAACCUAAAAACUAGAAGUCCUAGUUGUUGAUUAGCAUUAAUAACAAUCUCCAACAGCCAAAAUCAUAUGGAAAUCCACUGAUCUAACUUAUCCAUGAUGGAAGAGAGAGAGACAAAAAAACAAAACAACACCUCAUAGCCUCCUUAACAAGCCAAGUAGAGAAUACUGAUUUUCUCACUAGACCCAACUAGAUUAUAUGGUAUUUUUUUAAUGGACAAAGACAAAAUCUUUGUCUCUGCACAAACGCAACUGCCCCUGGUUUCAGUGAAGAGCAGAUUUUACUCAUCACCUAAAACAUUACCUGACUGCCUUUACCCCCGUUGAGCUUGUUGUAGUGAGGGUGCCCAAGCUGGCUGUGUGAACACAGGACAAGGAGGAAAGCCGCACGCUGCAGCGCGUCCGCCUGCCCUUCAGCUCCCCAGGCACUAUAAUGAGACUGCUGCUUGCUUUUCUUAGGGGGGUGGAAUCUCAUAUUCCGUCCUGGAAUAGGCAUUUUCCUUUAAAAUCAAACCUCAUACCAGAAAGAUUUCAAUACGAUCACGGCCUGGCAGACCCGCUGGCUAAUCUUGGAGGAGCCAGAGUUCCAAAGUGUCAACAAUUCCCUGGGGAACAGAGCAAUUAAUGGCCCAUCCGUCCAUUUCCCCAACAUGCAUCCCUCCCCCUACC